CCUUAAAAGAAGAUAUAUCGUAAGAAUAUGGGUUUUACAGUUCUUCUGUCCGUGGUUUUCUUAUCAGUUACCUAUGCUUCGCUCAAAGGACCGAGCGAAAAGAACGCAACUGUGGAAUCUCAAGUGACUAUCAUGUGUCGAUUCGACAACUCGUACAGAGCCUAUAACAAGUAUUGGUGCCAGGGCUACUACAGGAGGUCCUGCAAUAUCUUAGGGAUAACCUCAGAACAUGAAAGGAUAAGUUACAACGGCAGACUAACAGUGAAAGCCAAUAAUAAGAAGGGCGAAUUCACAGUGAUUCUGCGGAAGGUAACACUGAGAGAUGCCGGGUGGUAUUGGUGUGGAAUAGAAAGACCUCACAUUCUGGAUAUACAACACCCCGUAUUUCUCAGAGUUUUCGAAGCUCACAAGCCAAUCAAUCCAAAGAAAGAUAAGAAAGGCCUGCACAUCGCUCUGGGCAUCAUUUUUGGAGUGUUGAUGCUGUUGUUGAUCGGACUCGUGGUCCUUAUUGUCAAAAAGAUAAGACGUCAUCACAGCAACAGUAAAGACAUAACACCGCAAGUGGAAAACUCCAUCCCAACUUCAAACUCUGUGCUGUUCAAAGAAGUGGAGGAGGGGGUUACCUACAGCACGGUGACGAUUCAGCCCCACGAUCCGCCCGCACAGGACGGAGCGACAUCGUACGAGAACGUCAAAACUUCCCAGAGCCAGGAAGCCAUCAAGCCACCGGCCAGCGCCCCAGUCGCUUCCGAAACAACAGAGUACUCCACGAUCGUCAUCAAACAAUGACGGCGUCCGUGUGCGCGCGCAAAGGUACCUCAACCCUCCUCGGAAACAAUGUCCCCAACGCUGGCCCAUUCGUCCAUCAAAACACAGAGUCUCCCCACCCUACAGUGUGUAUCCUGUGAAGCGCUUUGAGACGUCUGAACG